AUGGCAACCACCACACCAAUGUUUCACAGAUAUCAUCCUGAUUGCCAGACAGGAGUUAAUAAUCAGAUCCAAUUACAGAUAUAUGCAUCUUACAUAUAUCUGUCCAUGGCGUUCUACUGCGGCCGUGCGGAUGUAGCUCUGCAACACUUUACAUCUUUCUUCUUGAGCCGAUCAAAUGAAUGGAAAAUGAGUGCCGAAAUGCUCCUGCAAAUGCAAAACGACCAUGGAAGCCGCAUCACGCUGAGAGAUAUCACCAAGCCUGACCAAGACGACUGGCAGGGUGCCUUCCAGACAUUAGAAUAUGCCUUUCACUUAGAAGUCAUCAUCACAGAGAGCCUCCUGGAUUUGUAUGAACUAGCCAUCAACAAGGGAGAACUGCAACUAGCACAUUUCCUGAAAGAUCAUUUUCUGAGCCAACAACUGGAAACCCUGUUCAAGCUCCAUCAUUUUCUUACCAACAUGCGAGAUAUCUGGUCCAUAGAAGACACCUUAACUGAGUACCUGUUUGACAAGUAUACCCGGCACAACAGACUCUAG